GUGGCCCCUUCCCCGCAUUAGAAAGAAGAAGUUGCUCUCCCGGAAGUGUGUGAGUGGGAAGUUCCUCUGUGUGGUCACUGGGCAUUCCUGGGCUUCCAGUAGGCGGGCUUCCGGUGGGCCUUCCGCUCGGUGCUGUGACAGCACAGCUCCGAGAGUCUCACCCCAAAGAUGUGCUUCCCCUGCACACACCCUUCUGUCUCUGCUCCACUCGGGAGCUCUCCGUCUCCAAGAUGCUGGCACCUCUGCUGCUGCCCCUGCUGUGGGCAGGGUCUCUGGCUAAUAUUCCAGGAUACCAGCUGACAGUGCCAGAGCCCGUGGUGGUGCAGGAGGGACAGAGCACCUUCAUAGCCUGCAGAGUCUCCUACCCCGGGAGAUACUGGAGCAACUUUUCCCCAGCCUGGGGCUACUGGUUCAAGAAAGAGGCUAAUUAUGACCGGGAUCCUCCAGUGGUCACAAAUAACCCAUCUCGUGAAGUGCAGAAAGAGACCCAGGGCCAAUUCCACCUCCUUGGAGACCCCAGGACCUACAACUGCUCCCUGCGCAUCAGAGAUGCGCGCAACAAGGACAUAGGAGUCUACUUCUUUAGGGUGGAGAGAGGCAGUGGCAUGCAGUACAAUUACAGACAGAACCAGCUCUGUGUGUUUGUGAUGGAGACUCCUGACAUCCACAUCGCGGGGCCCCUGGAGUCUGGUCACCCUGGGAACAUAACCUGUGCAGUGCCGUGGCCUUGUGAGCAGGGGACACCCCCCACUUUCUCCUGGAUUGGGGUGAACCUCACUUCUACCCUGGGCCCCGAGACUCCCCGCUCUUCGGUGCUCACCAUCAGCCCGGGACCUCAUCACCAUGGCACCAACCUCACCUGCCGAGUGACUUUCCCUGGAGCCAGUGUGGCAGUGGAGAGCACCGUCCAGCUCAGUGUGGCCUAUGCCCCAUGGAACCUGACCAUCCAGGUGUUCCAGGGAAAUGGCACAGGAGAGAACUCAGGAUGAAAGGAUAUUGUGAUUUGCAUGGAUGCCGUACUGAAGUUGCCCUGCUUGGAGUUUGUCUUAUUAUACUCCCCUGAACAGUGCCCUCCUUCCUUCUGAUGGGAUGAGUGGAUUCACUGUCAUUUUAAUUUGCGUUAUCAUUUUGUGAAUAGGCUGGGUAUUUUUCACCAUGUUUAAGAACCUUUUGUAUUUGUGAACGUAUUUGAAAUGAUUUGAAGAGUUUUGACAUUUUAAGGAAAUCAGCCAUUUUUUAUUUGAAAGGAUUUAUUUCCAACCUGUUGAUAACGUGUGGUUCAGCGUGCGGUGAUUCAGUUAGGCAACAACACGUGUCAUCUUUUCUCAGUUGUGUUCAGGGGUGCCCUGGCGCUGGCUCCCCCUGCUUGGCACCAGUCUACACCUGCAUCUUCCCUCGGCAGCUCCUACCUGUUCUUCUUGCUCUCCUUAAGCCCUCGUCCUCCAGGAAGCCCUUCUGCCCUACUGUCUCACUGGCUUCCCAGGCAACCUCCAGCUGCUGCUGGGUGUCCUGCUUAUGACACCGUGAGCUCGGCAGGCUCAGUGAACUGUAGCUGAGAGGCUAAAGGCAAGCCUGGAACCCGAGCUGGUGCGGAUGGCCAAGCAGUUCGGGUGACGCCACGCAGGUCCUUGGAGAGACUGAGCUGCUCCUCACCCUGUCCGCUGGGGCAGAAUGCACACAGUAAGUGCCUGGGUGGGACGCAGUGCAAGAGAAAAGACAGACCCACGUGACACAGGGACCAGAAAGGCAGAGAGCCCCAUGCGAGCCUGGGC